AUGGAACUCCAGCGUAACGAUUUCCACCAUCCUUAUUCGCCUUAUGACAUCCAACUGCAGUUGAUGCGGGCGCUAUACUCUUGUCUCGAACAAGGAAAAGUUGCUGUUUUCGAGUCACCUACUGGAACUGGAAAAUCCCUAAGUUUGAUAUGUGGUUCCUUGACGUGGCUGCGAGAUCACAAGCGUUCCGCCUUCCAGACGGCGGUUGACAAUGCUACAUGCGAUGAUGACGAACCUGAAUGGAUGCUGGAUUUUGCCAGGCGUGAGUCGAGCCGGAUGAUGACCGAGAAGAGGAAGGAGCUUGAAGAGAGACUAGAAAAGACGAGAAAGGAAGAAGAGCAGCAGAGGAUUGCGCUAGAGAACCCCGAAGGACCCCGGAAAAAGCAGAAAUAUAGUAUACCAUUAACUGAAUCUGGUGGGCUAAGUGAAGACCAGUUUGCGCUGGAUGACUACGACAGCGAAAAUGAAGAGCAUAGCAAACCGCGGGAUGAGCUGGCCCAUACUAGCGAACUAUCUCCUAGUACACUUGAAUUGUUGGAACGAUUUAAAGGACAGAUCUCGACCGCCAAGCCAGGAAGUGACGAUGCAGACAAUGACGAAGUCAAGAUUUUUUAUUGCUCCCGGACGCACUCCCAGUUAACCCAAUUUGCUGGUGAACUGAGACGCGUCAAAAUGCCAUGGAGCAUACCGAAGGACCUUUUGAGUACUGACUUGACAGGAGAAGAAGAACUCGAGGAGCGUGUGAAGCAUGUCACUCUUGGUUCUCGGAAGAACCUCUGCAUUAAUCCCCGUGUCAGUUCAUUGGAAAAUGCAACAGCCAUUAAUGAGCGUUGUUUAGAUCUACAGCAGCCCAAUGUGAAUCCUCAGCAUAGAUGUCCAUUUCUGCCUUCCAAAGAAGAUGAAAGACAGGUACUUCAAUUCCGAGACCAUGCAUUAUCAACAGUGAAAGACAUUGAGGACUUGGGAAAGCUUGGCAAGAAGAUUGGAAUAUGCCCCUAUUAUGCAUCUCGCUCUGUUGUUAAGGAUAGUGAGGUUUGUUGCCUUCGAGCCCGAUCUUCAAUUGACCUAGUACCUGAUGAAUGGCAGAUUGUGACACUGCCAUAUCCCUUGCUAUUGCAACGCUCAGCGAGAGAGGCUCUUAAUUCAUCUGUCAAGGGGCAUGUCAUAAUAAUCGACGAAGCUCACAAUUUGAUGGACGCAAUAUCCAACAUACACUCGGUAACGGUGACGCUUUCACAAUUGCAGACAUCCCUUUCUCAAUUGACAAUCUAUGGCCGCAAAUUCAAAACUCGCUUGAAGGGGAAAAACAGAAGCUAUGUUGCUCAAGUUAUCCGGCUUCUCAGUUCAAUCGCUGCUCAUCUUCGGUCGCUCCUUGAGAGCGGAAAGGCACCGGAGGGUCCUGUUCUGAUAUCUGAACUCAUGUCCGGAAAGGGGGUUGAUCAGAUCAAUCCUUAUAAACUAAGUCGAUAUUUACAAGAAAGCAAAUUAGCAAGGAAAGUUGAUGGAUAUGUUGAGUUCACUAGAGAUCCCUCGGAUAAGCAGGCGUCAAGGAGUCCCACAGUUCCUGUACUGUUUCACAUACAGGGAUUUCUUCUGUCUUUGAUGAACCCCUCUGCCGAAGGGCGAUUGUUCUACUCAAAGGAACAGGGAGAUAUCCAAUUGAAGUACAUGCUUCUAGACCCUACUAAUCAAUUUCGGGAGCUUGUGGAGGAUGCAAGAGCCAUCAUACUGGCUGGCGGGACUAUGUCACCCAUGACAGACUACAUGAACCAUCUCUUCUCGUACGUCCCAGCUAGUCGUCUAGACACGUUCAGCUACGGCCAUGUCAUACCACCUGAAAAUCUGAUCGCCCACACACUGGUGCGGGGUGUUCAAGGCUCAGAAUUUGAUUUUACCUAUGAUGCCCGUGACUCUGAAAAAAUGAUCAUGGAUCUCGGGCGGACGAUAGCUACCCUCUGCCAUGUCAUCCCUGACGGUGUAGUAGCAUUCUUUCCCAGCUACGAUUACCUUGGCCGGGUCUUGAACAUCUGGAAGAAGCCAAUGCUGGGCGAGCAAGGCCAGACUGUGUAUAACUUGAUUGGGCAGAAGAAGCCCAUCCUGUCCGAGUCCCGGGACAUGACAGUUACUACUGAGGAGCUGCUCCAUACAUACGCGAACACCGUUGAUUCUGGCAGGGGUGCGCUUCUCCUGUCCGUUGUGGGCGGCAAGCUGUCAGAGGGAAUCAAUUUCUCUGACAAACUCGGACGGGGUGUGUUGAUUGUGGGACUGCCCUUUCCGAAUAUACGGAGUGCAGUUUGGCAAGCCAAGAUACAGUAUAUUGAGCAAAAAACACACCAGCAGGCUACAGGCUCAGAGGCAAGCCGGCAAUUAGCAGCAAAAGCAGCAGGGAGGGACUUCUAUGAGAACUCCUGCAUGCGAGCAGUGAACCAGUGUAUUGGGCGAGCCAUUAGGCACCGUAACGACUAUGCGGCGAUUGUUCUCGUUGACAGACGUUAUGAAAAACCCGGUAUCCAAGCGAAGCUACCGGCUUGGAUCAAACAGAGUAUGGUAGGCAGUUCGGUUCAACGACCUGCCGGUGCUACAGUUCAGAGUUUAGCGAAGUUUUUUGCCAGUAAAUCAACCUGA